AUGGGGAUGAUGAGGAGAGUGUUUGAGAUUUUGAUGGUGCUGGUGGUUGUGGUGAUCAUGAGUCCUUGUUUGGCAAAUGGGGGAGGCAACUCUACUGCUUCCACUGGUGAAGUUUCUCUCAGUGGGGAAGGUGUUGGUGGAAGCAAGAUGAACUCAUCUGAGAAGAUGUUAGUUGAGAGGAAAUUCAGUGGAAGCAAUGAUGGAAAAGGAAGUGGCAGUGGUGGUGGUGGUAGUGGAGGAGGCGGUGGAGGAGGUGGGGGUAGAGGCAAUGGAGGGGGAAGUGGCAAAGGAGGGGGAAAUGGUGGAGGUGGGGGAGGUGGUGGAGGAGGAGGUGGUGGGGGAAAUGGACAAGGUCAUGGAUCAGGAGGGGGAAGUGGUGGAGGUGGGGGAAGUGGUGGAGGUGGGGGAGGUGGUGGUGGAGGAGGAGGAGGAAAUGGUAAUGGUCAUGGAUGGGGUGGAGGAAGUGGAAGUGGUGGAAGUGGAGGAGGAGGGGGAGGAGGUGGUGGUGGAGUCAAAGAGUGA